UGUGUGUAGGAUUCAAAGUUUAUUUGUUUUGUUUCGUCUGUGUUUAACAUGUAAACUAGUUGUUGCGGGUGCUCAGUCAAUCAGUUGUGUCAAUUAUAGAUGAUAAGUAAAAAACUCAAAAAAAUAUCUAUAAGGAAAUGCUAAAAUGAACAGUGGAAGACGUACAGCACGACAAGAAGAAGAGAUUCAUGUUCAACGUCGAAAUGCUGAGCUACGUAAACAAGAACAUUGGAACAAUGUAGCCAAGUAUUUUAAAACAUGGGAUGUAACAACAUCCAAAUAUGAAUCUUGGACAUCUCCUAGAUAUUUUCAACAGAGUGAAGAAGCACGAGUAGAAGCUGAAAAGAGAGAAAAGAAGAAACAGACGCUAACAGAACGUAGAGAAAAACUGAGAACUGUUCUUGAUAAUGAACAAAAAUCCUAUGAAGAUGAAAUAAAGAAACUGAAUCGAUCUGGAAGGUCUGGUUGGAUGCCUUUGGAGGAACUGAAAUCUGUAAAUCUUGAGCUGAAGAGACGCUCAGAGGAAUCCCGUAAGAGAGAGGCCGAAUUACUUCUGUAUCAUCGAUGGAAACAAGAGCAGCCUUCUUUAAGAGAUUUGGAAAGAAGACAGCAUUUGGAAUUCAUGAAGAAGUCUUGGAUUGAUCAAGUGAGGGAAAAAGAGUCUAUUAAAGAGAAACAAAGGGAAGACGAGGCUUUGCAAGCCAAGCAAGAAGAAUUGAAACGUAAAGAGGAAGAGCAGUACGAGAAAUUAUGCAAAGAGAGGAAGUUGGAAGAAGUGAAACGGCUUAAGCGACAAAUGAAACAGCAAAUGGAAGCAAUUGAAGAGAGUGUGAAAAAGUACAAAGAACUUGAAAAACAAGAAGUAGAAGAGCGUAAAUUUCAAAGUGAAAUAGAAGAAAUGAUAACCCAGAGGAAAUUAGCUGAACAAAAACAGGCCAACAAAGAACUAACGGCCUAUUGGACACGGCAGUACCAGCUGAAGCUUCAGAAAAAAGCAAAAGAAAUGGAAGAGGAGAUAGCACAAGACCAGAAGAUGCUGGAGAAACUAGAAAAGGAAUUCAAUGAGGAAGCACGAGCUAAAGCUAAGGCAAGAGAAAUUGCCAAGAAAGAGAUGGAGGUUGCAUUGAAAGAGCUCCAGACACAGAGACAACGGGAGUUGCUUCGGCAGAAGGAAUAUGAGUAUAUGUUUUUUGAGGAAGCUAAGCGAACAUGGGAGAUCCAGGAGCGCAAAUGGGCCCAGGAGAGACAAGCUAGAGACCGUCUUAUGUCUGAAGUUUUGAACAUCAUCAAGCAGCAGAUUGAAGAUAAAUUGAAGAGAAACUCAAAUGCAAGAGAUGAAGCCCUUGAAGACAGAGAGCGGUUGUUAAAAGAGAUGAAUCAGCUGUAUGAACAGUUCAAUGAACAGGAACAGGAAGUUAAGCAGUCUCAAAAACAGUACCGUAGCCAAUUAGAUAAUCAGGUAGCAGAAAACAAUUGUGAAAAAGUAAGAAAAGCACAGGAGGAAGCAGAAGAAGACAGGAAAUGGAGCCAGGUAGAAUCUGAGGCUGAACAGAAGUUAGCAGCUGAAAUGGAACGAUUGCAGCUGAACUAUAAUGAGUACAGACCAAAGGAUUUCCGGCGACGACGCAUGAUUUUUUAGUUCCAUUCACCAAUACAAGUACAGUAUACUGCCAAAUUUUCACAAUAUUUAAAUUUACCAAUGAAAUGUGAUCUCAUUUAUGGACCAAUUUUGUUACAUUGACUUUAGAUCAUAUACUAUGAUCUUGAUUCUAUGAUCAAUAAUAUUUCAUUUUGUGAUCAUAUUAUUGACGUAGAUGUUUGAUACAAUUGUUUAUAGGUCUAGACUUUUGUCAUUCUGAACUAGAUUUUAUAUAAGAGUAACAGGGUAUUUUGUGCCUAAAACACCAAUAUUUUUGAGCUUAUACUUCAGUCAUGAUUAAGCAGGUUAUUGUUAUAUGGUUAUUCAAUUCAGUGAUACUCAAUAAUUAUAACUAAAGGAUUUCAAGUUUACAAUUUUAUUAUGAAUUAGUGAUCAUUAUUUGUUAAUAUUUUUUUUAACAAUUUUGACUUGUCUAGGUCUAAUUUUAAAAACUAAAAAUAUAGUAUAUACUUUUUUUAAGAACAUUAAAUAAUGACUAAGAAAUAAAUCAAACUAUAUCUUUGAUUGUUUGAAGCCAUUGAUUUAGUUAUGGUAGAUUAGGGAACUUGUAACAUACUUGGCUUAUUCAAAAAGUUUAAGGGCUGGAAUUAUUACUAAUGAAUGGUUUGACUUAUGACGUUGAGAAUUAUAAUUUUUCAAGACAGUUAUGAUGACAAAGUACCCUUCACAAUAAAAUUAACUAUAAGCGUUCUCCUUAGCUGUAGUCACGGCUGGCUUGGAGCUUUCCACAUAAAUCCGUGUACAGCUCAUACAUUGAUCACAGAAAACUGGUUUUUACUUUUUAUGCGCUGUUACAAGUUUCCCCCAACUCCUAACAGAGUUUAUAGAUACACUGAUUUAUUUUUUCCAACGUAUAAAACAUAUAAAGAUAAGAAAAAACACUACUGUCAUGGUACUAUGUAGUAGAUUCAUGCAAUUUUACAAGUAAAUCAGGUAAAUUACAAUGUCAAAUCCACAGAGUUUCAUUUCAUCAAACAUUUUGCAUUCAUUUUAAUUAUUAUAACUAAGAUACCGGUCUAUAUAUGUUUUGAAUCAAUCAUACAAUAAUUUAUUCUCUUAACCUUUUAGUACUGUCUCAAAAGUUUUAGAGUAGUUUAAAAACUUUAAUAUUACAUAAAAUGUAAAUUUACCCUCUUAAAAACAAGGGAUUCCAGGAGAUUUUAAAAAUUCAAAUAAUGGUGAAAGUUCAUGUUGAUCAGAUUUUGUCAUCAAAUGGCUAAGGCAUAUCUUAUAUUUCAUAAUAAUUGAUUUACUUGUAAAAUUAGUAAUAACCCAUCGCUGAUGGAUUUAUUUAUGAAAGAGAGAUAAGUCUAUGAUUGUGAAUUCGCACAAGAUAAUCAUACAAUCAUUCAUAUGGAUUUGCUUAUAAGGUAAAGAUAAAUCUGUGUUUGUGUAUCCUCAAGAUAAAUCAUAUAAUCAAUUUGUUCAUAUUAUUUAUCUGUGUUUUAUUUAAAAUAUUCAUCCAUCUAAUAUUUAGUUGUAUCUGUAUUUUUGUAUUUUUCAUUGUAAUUUAAUUUUAAUAUAAGUUUUAAUAAAUAUUUUUAUUCACACAUACAUUACUCUUAAGCCCUCAUGCUUGUCCAAAAUUAAUACUUAUUGAAAGACCAAUAAUCAAUACAUAAAUUUGAUUUGUUUCUUGUUUUAGUAGUUUAUAUUAUCUUUUGUAUUCCAAAUCAGAUUUAAAUCAAACAAAAAUGUUUGGAUCUACAUUUUAUUGUAUAUAUAUAUAUUUGUUUGUGUACAUUUUAUUGAUAUUUUGAGAUAUUGUUUCAAUAAUAUACCUAUGGUUGUAAUACACUUUGUUGUUUUAUAUAUCUUACUUUGUGUAUUUAUAUUGUUUAUUUUAUUAUUUUAAUCAAACACUAACUUGUGUACAUAUUUUAGGAAAAGCUUCAAGAAAUCAGUAUUCUGUCACAAGAAUGUUCCUGAGAAUAAGAAGUGUCAAUGGAGGAAUUAGGUCUUGAAUGUGUGCACUAUGACAACACACCUGGUCAUUCAUCAUCUCAGUGCACAGGUUUAUAUAAAAAAACCAACGAUUCUCUAAUCCUUGACCUUGGUUCAUGUGAUUUAGUUUUGUUUCUAUGAAUGAGACCUGGGUAAGCAAUUUUUUGUGAGAUCGUUAUCGUUUUCUUAAUUUUUUAUCACAGUUGAUGUAAGAAAUUGUUCAUCCACAUUGCACAAACACUCUUCUUUGAUGUCCCUUCUCAUUCAUAGAAACAAAACUAAAUCACAUGAACCAAGGUCAAGGGUUAGAGAAUCAUGUAGGUUUUUGGUAUAAACCUGUGCACUGAGAUGAUGAAUGAUCAGCUGUGCUGUCAUAGUGGACAAUUUCGAGGCCCAAUUCCUCCAUUGACACUUCUUCUUCUCUAUUAAUUUUUGUUUCUUAAUUAAUUAUUAACUGAAACAAGCUCAGUGUUUUGCUAAAUAACAUUUUAAUAUUCCAUAAAUCCUUUGUCAGUCGUCAAUCCUCAAACACUAUUAAACAAAUCUUUUGUCAGUUUGGGAACAGACACCUAGUAAACGACUCAUGUAAAAUUUUUUAUUAUA